GAGCACACCUCAAUGAGCGCGGCGGCGGCGCGGAGCAGGCAGACGUAAGGCGGCUAACUAUAGCGCCGGGAGCGCGGGAUGCGACCCGCUCCGCCCCGGGCUCCGCGGUGCGCAGUCCCGGCCGGCCCGCUGUGCCGCGGGCACCGCCAGCACUGCCACAGGUGAUCUGGUUUCCCGUGACCGUAGCUUAGCGAGCGGGCCAACUGCGAAGCACUCCUGCUUUAAAGUCCUUCUGGACCGGGUGCCAUCUGGAGAAGGGGAAGACUCUUUAGUGAAAGUCUUACGGCUGAGAAAUUGAGGAUCGGCAUUGAAAAAGUGACUCCGCGCACCUCCUCUCCUCUCUGCGAGACAGACAGGGGCCAUGGCUUACCCCCUGCUGCUCUGCCUCCUGCUCGCUCACCUGGGAUUGGGAGCUGUCGGCGCCAGCCGCGACCCUCGGCCGGACUCCCCUCGAGAGAGGACUCUGCGGGGGAAGCAGCACGCCCAGCAGCCGGCUCGAGCCUCUGCCUCGGACCCCUCGGCGCCCUGGAGCCGCUCCAGCGAUGGCACCAUCUUAGCGCAGAAACUCGCCGAGGAGGUGCCCGUGGACGUGGCCUCUUACCUCUACACCGGGGACUCCCAGCAGCUGACGCGAGCCAACUGCUCCGGACGCUACGAAUUGGUUGGCCUGCCCGGGAAGUCGCCAGCGCUCGCCAGCGCUCACCCUUCCUUGCACGGGGCGCUGGACACACUGACACACGCCACCAACUUCCUCAACAUGAUGCUGCAGAGCAAUAAGUCGCGGGAACAGAACUUGCAGGAUGACCUGGAGUGGUACCAGGCGCUGGUGCGGAGCCUCCUGGAGGGCGAGCCCAGCAUCUCCCGGGCGGCCAUCACCUUCAGCACCGAGUCGCUGUCCGCGCCGGCCCCACAGGUCUUCCUCCAGGCCACGCGGGACGAGAGUCGCAUACUGCUCCAAGACCUGUCCUUCUCCGCACACCACCUGGCCAAUACCACGCUGGAGACCGAGUGGUUCCACGGGCUCCGGCGCAAAUGGAGGCCCCACUUAAACCGCCGCGGCUCCAAUCAGGGGCCCCGGGGCCUGAGCCAUAGCUGGCGGCGCAGGGACGGGCUCGGCGGGGACAGGAGCCAUGUCAAGUGGUCUCCGCCUUACCUGGAGUGCGAGAAUGGGAGUUACAAGCCUGGGUGGCUGGUUACUCUUUCCUCUGCCUUCUACGGGUUGCAGCCUAAUCUGGUCCCGGAAUUCAGGGGUGUCAUGAAAGUUGAUAUAAAUCUUCAGAAAGUGGAUAUUGACCAAUGUUCAAGCGAUGGCUGGUUUUCCGGAACUCACAAAUGCCACCUUAACAAUUCAGAGUGUAUGCCAAUCAAAGGCCUAGGAUUCGUACUGGGAGCCUAUCAGUGCAUUUGCAAAGCAGGAUUCUAUCAUCCUCGAGUCUUCUCGGUGAACAACUUUCAGAAAAGGGGUCCGGAUCACCAUUUUUCAGCAAGUUCAAAGGAUGUGUCGGAAGAAGCCCAUGUCUGCCUGCCCUGCAGGGAGGGCUGCCCCUCCUGUGCUGACGACAGCCCGUGCUUUGUCCAGGAGGAUAAGUAUCUGCGACUUGCUAUCAUCUCCUUCCAAGCCCUGUGUAUGCUGCUCGACUUCGUUAGCAUGCUGGUGGUCUACCACUUUCGCAAAGCAAAGAGCAUCAGGGCAUCGGGCCUUAUCCUGUUGGAAACGAUCCUUUUUGGGUCUCUGCUCCUAUACUUUCCGGUUGUUAUUUUGUACUUUGAGCCAAGCACAUUUCGCUGUAUUCUCCUAAGAUGGGUCCGGCUUCUCGGUUUUGCUACUGUUUAUGGAACUGUCACUCUCAAGCUUCACAGGGUUCUGAAGGUGUUUCUUUCACGAACGGCCCAACGAAUUCCAUAUAUGACUGGUGGACGGGUCAUGAGGAUGUUGGCAGUAAUACUCUUGGUGGUGUUUUGGUUUCUCAUUGGCUGGACUUCAUCUGUAUGCCAGAAUUUGGAGAGGCAGAUUUCACUUAUUGGCCAGGGGCAAACAUCCGAUCACCUCAUCUUCAAUAUGUGCCUCAUUGACCGCUGGGAUUACAUGACAGCAGUUGCUGAAUUUCUAUUCCUCCUGUGGGGUGUUUAUCUCUGCUAUGCAGUGCGGACAGUCCCAUCAGCAUUUCAUGAGCCACGCUAUAUGGCCGUUGCAGUUCACAAUGAGCUCAUUAUCUCUGCUAUAUUCCAUACAAUUAGAUUUGUUCUUGCCUCAAGACUUCAGUCUGAUUGGAUGCUGAUGCUGUAUUUUGCACAUACUCAUUUGACUGUGACAGUCACCAUUGGGUUGCUUUUGAUUCCAAAGUUUUCACAUUCAAGCAAUAACCCACGAGAUGAUAUUGCUACAGAAGCAUAUGAAGAUGAGCUAGACAUGGGUCGAUCUGGAUCCUACCUGAACAGUAGUAUCAAUUCAGCCUGGAGUGAGCACAGUUUGGAUCCAGAAGACAUUCGGGAUGAGCUGAAGAAACUGUAUGCCCAACUGGAAGUGUAUAAGCGCAAGAAGAUGAUCACAAAUAACCCCCACCUCCAGAAAAAGCGGUGCUCGAAGAAGGGCUUGGGCCGUUCCAUCAUGAGGCGCAUCACUGAGAUCCCAGAGACUGUCAGCAGGCAGUGUUCCAAAGAGGACAAGGAGGUCGCGGACCACGGCAUGGCCAAAGGCACUGCCCUUGCCAGGAAGAACCCGCCGGAGUCUUCAGGUAACACGGGGAAACCCAAGGAGGAGUCCCUGAAAAACAGGGUCUUUUCGCUCAAGAAAUCCCACAGCACUUACGACCACGUGAGAGACCAGACGGAGGAGUCCAACAGCCUCCCAACGGAAAGCCAAGACGAGGAGGCCACGGAGAAUUCCACGCUGGAAUCUCUGUCAGGUAAAAAGCUGACACAGAAACUUAAAGAAGAUAGCGAGGCCGAGUCCACAGAGUCGGUGCCGUUGGUGUGUAAGUCAGCCAGCGCCCACAACCUCAGCUCCGAGAAGAAGCCUGGGCACCCACGGACGUCCAUGCUGCAGAAGUCUCUCAGUGUCAUAGCAAGUGCCAAGGAGAAGACUCUGGGAUUAGCUGGGAAAACCCAGACAGCAGGUGUGGAGGAACGUGCUAAAUCCCAGAAACCUCUGCCAAAAGAUAAAGAGACAAACAGAAAUCACCCAAAUCCAGAUAACACAGAGACUAAAGACUCUGCGCCCCCAAACCCCAAUCAUGUGGAGGAGCCCAGAAAGCCUCAGAAAUCGGGGAUCAUGAAACAACAAAGGGUCAACCCCCCCACUGCCAAUUCUGACCUGAGCCCAGGCGCCGCCCAGCGGAAGGACAACUUUGACAUCGGGGAAGUGUGCCCCUGGGAGGUGUACGGCCCGAACCCUGGUCCCGUGCCUUCGGAAUCUAAAGCUCAGAAACAUGUGUCCAUCGUGGCUUCUGAAAUGGAGAAAAACCCAGCUUUUUCCUUAAAGGAGAAAUGUCAGUACAAGCCUAAGGCGGCUGAGGCGAGCCAGCAGCCCGGUCAGAAGGGCGCAGAUAGGGCCGCGUUGUGCGCGUGGGAGAGCCAGGCCCAGCCCCUUCUGGAGCCCGACAAGCGGUUCAUUUCCCAGACUCCGCUUCCCCCGGGGAGGGCUGGCGGCGACAGCCCCGCGUGUGCGGGGCAGCGAGAGGAAGCCACCCCCAGGGCUGUAGCAUCGAAAGUAGAGAAUGAAAAUCUCGGCCGAAUAGGAGACCAGGAGAAAAAGACAUCUUCCUCCGAGGAAAAUGUGCCCGGCUCCUGUAACUCCAGCACUAACUUCCAGAAACCUGUGCCGUCGCGCGCCGAGGUGUGCCCGUGGGAGUUUGAGAGCCCAGAUCUACCAAGCGCGGAGAGAAGCGUGGCUCUCCCUGCCUCCCCCGCGCUAAGCGCACACAAGGCAGCAGGGCCUCGGAAGGAAGAGGCCUGGGAUGCCUUCAAAGUGUAGCGUCCCUAAAACGAAGAGGAGGAGGAGGAAACCCCGGGUUGGGUAUGAGACAGAAGGUAUAAGCAUCCAAACGUCCCGGUCACGGGAAAUACGACAGUGAGGUAAGGUCCAAGGCCUGGCGGGAGCAGCCGCAUCAGAAUGGAGAAGUCAGACUUUGGCCAAAAAGAGUCAUUCCCCUGGUAACACUAGGAACGCUUUUACAAUUCAGCAUGUUUAAGGGGAAUAGCCCACGAUGUCUGGCCCUGGUCAAUAUUUACCUAUGGGACGUCGAAGGUCCUGAGCGAGCCAAAGCAGGAGACACAGAAGACAGAGCAGAUUUUGCAAAGAAGAGAAAGGCAUAGGCACAUACGACCGAGACUCUAAGUACCUGACUGAAAAGAACUUACGUUACCUAUUUAACCUUGAUAGCACUGCUAACUUAAUGCAUCCCAAAAACACCUUUUAUAUUAAUGAUUGCUCUCAUUUUCUUAUAAAUGUAUGUUUCAGUACAUGUUGUGUCUCAUAUUCAAGCAUUCCAGAUUGUAUAAUUUUUGCAAAUAACUUUGGUAUUAUGUGACACAACACAGUUAUGCAAUCUGCAGCUACCCAAUUGUUAUUGCAACUUACAGAAUACCUGCUAUCUAUCAACUUUAGUUGAUUCUUGAAGUAUAGUAAGCUUUCACUGGCUUGGAAAGCCAUAACUGUUAUGAUAAGAACUUUUAGUUUGGGCUGUGGUUUAUAUAUUGUGAAUUUGAAUUUGACUCUAUUAUUUCACAUCAUGGUUUGUUAUACUGUCUUAAUCAGGGUUUUUUAUACAAGUUGAGUUACUUGUUUUGCACUUCCUGUUAGGACUCAGAAGCUUUAUUAUUAUUGGAGAUCAAGUGGUCCUACUUAGUCAUACGUCUCGAUAAGUUAAGGACAACUUAUCCGUUGUUUAUUCAAAGUCAGAGAUAGAAAAUGCCUUCAUCCCAAUUAACUGUCCCUUUUAACUCUUUCAGUAUUUCAUACUUAGCAGCAUUUCCUAAGGAAGAAGCUAAGAGGGAGAAAAUAUACUGUGCUUUAUUAUUACCAUUAGAAAGGGAAGACUCUAGGAAUGACAUGAAAAUUGUAGCAGUAGUACAGAACCAGGAAGUUUGCCUUUCAAAACUAAGACAGAAAGGUUGCUCUUGUUAGCACUUUCAAGGGAUUAUUUUUUUAAAGAGAAAAAUUAAUGAUAGCAUCAAGAUCAUUGUAUGGAUAUAUUUUUAUUAUGCAUUCUGAAAAUAUAUUUUAAAUUAUCUUAAGCUAUUUAUUCUCAUAAAAUCUUAUUCAUUGCUUCAGCAAGGGGUAGAACUUGCUGGACUCAAAUCCCAAAGAGAUUUUAUAACCCGAUUUAUUCAAAGCCUAUAAGGUGGUAUGGGCUGUACAUUCUCCCAAGCACUGGAAAACUUACAAGUCUUGCAAAUUGCCAUUGCGAGCCGCUAGCUCAAAAUGCAAAGUAUAAGGUUUAUUUGCAAGGCAAAACAGUCCCCAAAGCAUAUUUUAUAAAACUUAUUGCAUUCCACACUGAUCUCUUGGCAUGAAAAUCCUAAGCUGCUGACUUAGCCCUACUGAUGUGAUCAUGCAAUGAGAUUCCAAAGCUCGGUCUCAUUUUAUUUAAAGAUGAAUCACUUAAAAAUAGAACCGAGACUUCCCUUUCUCUCACUCUAAGCAUUGAAGUAUCAACUGCUUAUUUGGCCAAGACACUUCUAGCCUAAAUCACUGUUUUUUAUUUCAUGAGCAGCAAGGAGAACAUGCUAGAAGGAUAAAAGAUGGGAAAAGGGAAUCAAAGGUGGAUAUGGGGCUGUUCUUAAAGAAUAUUAUCCCAGUGGAAGGUAAAUAUGAAUUCUUCAUAUUCAUCAUCACAAUUUUCUCAGUGAUUUUUAUUCAGGAGUAAGUGAGCACUUCACUGUUUUGCAAAGCUGUGCACAAAUCUCGCCCAUUCGCUUGCUGUGUGCUUUACUCAGGUUGGUGGGGUAGGUUUGAAAAGAGAUAGAAGUUCUAUUUUUGUGUGUUUCCUUCAUUUAUUUCUUUCAGCCCUUCCUUUUCAAUUAAGGCUUAUAUGCUUGGUGUCCUACCUUAAGGUAUAUUCAUGAAUUUGGUUUGGAAUUUCUAGACCCACCUACUUGUUUCAUUUAUGUCUGCCAUCUGUUAGUACUCGAUUCAUUUCUUGAGAAAUAAGCGGUCAAGCACCAGGGACUUUUUAUUGCACUUCAGGAUGAUCCUGCUAGAGAUGUGGCUUAAAAAAGACUUGCCAAAUUACACCUUAGUGACAUUCUACAGUCCAUAGAUUAUUCUCCACCAGCACGUUUCAGUGAAGACCUAGGGUCUUUCCUACAGUUUCAUUGCCGUCACUUAUCACCAAGAGAAGUUUAAGUCUGCAAUUCUGGAGGUUAUUUUCCCAGACUGAUAAUAAGAAGGUGAAUAAACACUAUUAAGGUCACAAACAUUUCUAGGUUGUCCUUCUCAAUGCAUGUGCAGGCUGCAUCCUGUCCUUGUUUUUCAGCCAGGGUUUAUAAAUAAGUAGAUUUAUACCAAUCUUAAUAGAACUGUAUAUUUUAUGCAAGAAUUAAAUGCUUUAUGACUUGAAGUAUAACUCAACCUAUUGUAAACUUUGGUGGCAGUAUGGAUUUGAAACUCGACAGUUCUCUUGUAUUUGCUUCCUAGGUUUCUGCAUGCAAGUGACGACAGGUAGGACUGAAAAAACACUGCCUUUUGACUUCUAGCAUUUAGCAACCGAGAGUUGUAGAGUCAAUAAAACUGUAAGUCUCUUCACUUAAUCUGUGGUUCUUCUAAAACUAUUAUCUGAAAUCUACAGCAUCCCACCAUGAAAUAUUUGGUAAAUUUAUGUUGUGCCGUGUUGCAGCAUGUAAAUAAUUAUAACUUCUCUGCAAUAAAACAUAUUUAUAUGAAAGUG